AUGGUCUGCCUUACCCUGUCACCCUCCCGCUAUAACUCCGCUAACAUCCUCCUUCCUCCUCAGGCCUCCGAAUCCCGCCUCUACACCAUCUCCCCCUCCACCCGCGAAUCCCUCCGGAAAUUCCGCCUCAGCACCUCGCGCGCCAAAGAUCCUCAAGCAAUGAUAUACCACAUCGACAGCAAAACCAUGGAAAUCCUCCCCGUCGACUCAACCGUCUACACCACCCUCCAAGACAUCGCCGACGAACUCCCCGACAACUCCCCCCGCUACGUCCUGCUCAGCUACCCGCUCACGAUGAAAUCCUCCGGCAGGAUGUCCGUGCCGUAUGUCAUGUUGAAUUUCAUGCCGCCGACGUGUUCGAGUCAGGCGAGGAUGUUGUAUGCGGGGGCGAAGGAGUUGAUGAAGAAUUCGGCGGAGGUGGGGAGGAUUUUGGAGGUGGAGAGUGGAGAGGAGGUGGAGGGGGUUGAGGAGAGGUUGCAGGGGGAGGAGUGA